CCUGACCCCAAGGCACAAACCCAGAUGGAAGGUCAAGGUGUGCGCUCGCUCUUUGGGCCUCCAUCUAGUUCCGAGUCUGAAGGAUGGGAAGUCGUGGACCAAGAAGACAGGGCAGCAGCGCCUCAUGCAGCAAGUCGCCAGGCGUUGAGCAUCAACCCGCAUGCCGAGGUGAACAAGCCGCAGUUUCCCGUGCGCGUUCCGACGAAAAAUGCGGUCCCGAGCCAUGUUGUUGAGGAUCUCUUGGCGGAACAUCACAGGAUCCACGGUCGACAGGCGACGUUGGACUUGUACGCCGACGACGCGGACGACAACGACGGUGGUGCGUGGGGCACCGACUCGCCGUCGAACUUGCUCGGCAGCGACGAAUUGGAUUACGACGACGAGGCAUCCCCAGCGAAAGCUCAGACCCUCCAUCAAACGUCCUCGUGGAACCAGCAUAUUGAGUUAAGUCCUCGCCAACCUCCCGCCGGAGCAUUUGGCGACGACGACCUGGACUUGGACGAUGAUGACGACGACUUGUCGACAACGUCGCAUCCAGACGUCGCCCGCGGACCUUCAACGCCAACGGCGGCUGAACCGUCGUACGACUUGCAUACGAGCAGUCCGUUCAGUGAAUCGGCCGAACCUCCCGAAGGGGCCUUUGGGGACGACGAUCUCGACCUCGAUGACGACAGCGAAGGUGACGUUGACCAACCUAUCGUCACCGAGCAAGUUGAACAAGACGAAGUACCCUUCCAUGCUCAUGUCCCUGAGCAAGUUGAAGUAACAUCCCACAAUCGUGUCCAUGAAGUGCUUGAACACAUCAACAGCGACAAUGCACCAGAAGUCCAUUCGUUUGUGAUCGCGCCCGAACUCCACGCCAUUCCGCUCAGUCCCUAUGACGCCCCCGCGGGAGCGUUCGGCGACGACGAUUUGGACCUCGACGACAUUGACGAAACAGAACAAGUCGAUGACGUGGCAGAACCCCCUGUCGAGAUGGACAUCCCGGAAGUGUCUCACAUUGACACGAGGUAUCACCUCCAUGACGGUGUAGCAGAAGCCAGUCCCGAAGAAAGCCCGACGCAUCGCGACUCAUGGACUGGUGAAGCAGUCGGCGUCGACGACGACGUCGUUGGCACUGCCAUGUAUGCAGAACAUGACCAACUUCCUCCCCAUCCCCUCCACCACCCCCCGGCUGCUUCCCCCCCCAAUCCAUUGCCACCAGUGUCGCAGUCAGAGAAGGUUGCCGCAAGUCUGGAUGAUUCGUCGGUGGAAUCGCAUGAGCAGCCGGUCCUUCUAGCAUCGCCGCCGCCGCUGCCAUUUGCAUUGGACGAACGAGUAGAAACAGGGCCACCGCUCCAUGAUCAUCCAUCCGAAGUCGUGUUGGAAACGUGUUUUGAUCGUCGAGCGGAUGGCGAUGUGGACAUUCCAGAAGCCAUCCCGCCGCAUAUUGUUGAUCCUCCAAGCGUUCAAGAAGCAGAAGACUGGCAUCCAGAGAGUGUGCAUGUCAUCCCGCCAACUGUCACUAGCGUCUUGGAUCGAGACCAAGAUGCAGCGAACGUGCUGAGCAACUCUGACCCGCCCGCUGCGGUCGAACUCCACGCCGAGAUCGAGUUUGAUCACCACCACUCCGCCGCGUCGUUGUUUGCGUCACAUGUCGAAGCGUACGAUACAGCGUCGCCAUUUGAUUUGCCACAAGGUGAAGAAAACCCAGCCGACGCGGCGGCUCCUUUGCAUGUAAUGGAACAACCUCAAGUAGCAGGAAGCAACAACGAGUCUCCGGAGCAGGUGGUCGAAGCGUCCUUUCAAAGCACUAACGUGUACAUGGAUGAUGACACUCAAACACCCGUCCGCUUUCAGUCGGCACAAGCAGCCCCCCCUCCCCCCCACCACCAUCACACGUCGGCCCCCGAGGUUCACGGCGGGACCCCCCCCCCGUCGUCGUCGGUCGACAGUGCGCCGCCAGUCCUUGAAGUGUUGGACCAUAGCAUUGAAAGCCAUCCGUCGCCCUUUGACGAGGCCGACGCCACGGGGUUCUUCUCGCCACCAGUGCCGCCGUACCCUGCUCGAGGCAACGUGUCGUCCGGAUACGAAGCGGAGGGUGUUGACACGGCAGUGCCCGAUGCGUCGGCGGUGUUUUCCGCUGGCUUUGGAGAUGAUUUGGUGCCAGAAUUCCACACCCCUCGACCCUCGUCGGACCAGUACGAGUCGCAGUCUUAUGCGACAUCGUCGUCACCGUUUGACGACCAGCACGGGGACCAUGCCGCCCACAGCGCAGUGUCGCACAUUUUGGCUCCGCCUGCCACUAGUGCUUUUGGGAACUACGAGGAAAUAACCCCCCCCCAUGAGACACUGUUUGACGCGCCUCUCGACAGUCCGGAAGAAACCACGGCCGUGUACGAUCACGACCCAUUUCGGUCGUCGGCUCAUGGUUCCCCGUCGGACUUUGACCCGCAAGGCACGGCUAGUGCAGACGAGUUGUUUUCAUCGGCCCCAUGCUUUUCAGGGUUCGAUGCGACACCACCGCGUGCACCGUCGCACUUUGCAAACCCGUCGCAGUACUACUCGGCCCCCCACGUCCCCACGACCACCCAGCCAUUGGACGAGUUUUUCUCGACCGGAAUGGAUCUGUCGUCGUCGUUCCAUUCCGUUGGCCAUGAUGCCGCCCAUCUGUUUGGGGAAGCAAUAGGUACCGACGACCACCAUCCAUUUGGCGAUCCAUUUGCAUCAGCAUCAGCUCCCCAUCACCACCACCAGCAGCAGCAUCAUCCAGACUACCACAGCGCCGACGAGUUGUUUCCCCAAGGGAAUGAUGCCCCGUCGGUCGGCCACGAAGAGCAAUGUGGCCACGACCAACGACACAACUACUUGUACCCGCCCCCGACCCCCGUCCACCAGAGCUACUCUGCAUUUCAACCACCAGCAACAUAUGCAGAGCAAACGUUCGAGUCGCAUGAGGUAGAGCAAUCGCCACCACCUGAACAGCACCCCCAUGCAGUUGACCAAUCUGGCUUUUUGGACGAGCAGCCUUUGCCACGUAGCCGUUCUGUGAUUGGCUACGAACGACAUGACUAUGCGCCACAAGUUGGCCAUGAGGACGAAUUCACUGGAGACGACGGACCACCCCCCCCUUCUGCCCAGACUUUUACGGCGGGGGGAGUGCUGCAUCAGUCGGACUUGAAUGAAGGGCCGACCUUUGGGAGUCCUGAACAGUGUGAUCCAGUGCUCAAUCAACAAAGGACCGAGUUGUAUCGAUCCCACCCCUCCUCCACGUCCGACCUGCUCUUGUCCCCUGAAGUUGUACGAGCUCAGUAUGCCACCCCCCCUCAACCAGACAACCACUCUACCGGUGUAACGACUUCUGUGACUUCAAAUGCAUCGCCUGGAAGCAGCACCCUUCUCACGGCGACGACGUACCCCGAGACGACUGCUCCAUCACCACCGCCCCACCCCACCACGAAAGCGGCGGAGGUAGCAUCAACCAACCGCCCACCCCACCAAACGCCGCCAGUAUUCCAAGUCUCGAAACUCAAACUCCAUUUGGACGAGAAUGACGUGGAAGACGUGCCCACGGCCGACUCUUUGUUUUCCCCGACCAACGGCAACGAAAUCUCCAGUGUGUUUGGGGCGUCAGCGUUUGAUCAACCGCCGAGCUCACUGGGCGGGUUUGCCAAUAACGCCACGACGUUGUUUAGCCAAACCAGCAGUGCUACUGCCGUGGAGUCGUUUGCACGUCCUCGUCCUUCGUACGAACCAUCGCCUGAGACACCGUUUGCAAGUGAGACACCGUUUGCAAGUAUCUCCUCAGCCAAUGAGUACGGCCACACCACGGCGGCAUCCUUUGAAGAACCAGCGGCCGCCGAUUUGUUUGCGGGGUCGGUGUCGUCGACUCCCUUUGACCAGCAACUUGACUUUGCCGAAUCAACCGAACACCAACAUCCCUUUGGACAAGCGGCGACUCAUCAAGACGAUGCUGCGCAAGGGUUUGGACAGUAUCCCGAGCCGUCUCCGUACAACCAGUCGGCCGCAAAUGCGUUCAAUCAAGCUGCAGAACCUACACAUGCACACAAAAGUACUCCGUACAACACGUACAGUACAAACGCCCAAUCCAGUUAUACUGACCAGGCUGGGCAUGGCGGGGAUUUCAAUCAACCUGCGGCUGCUACACGGCAUUACGAUGCUCAUUCGUCAUAUGACGCCCAGUAUGGCCAACACCAGCCACCCACGGGGUAUGGGUAUGCGCAACCAGGGUACCAGCAGCCCCCUGUCUACCACCAGCCUGUAGCUCAAACGUUUGACCAGCCAGCCCCACCAUCGUACCCCCAAGCUCCAGGACACGGGUUUAGCCAACCGGCUUAUACACAGCAACAACAACACAACUACCACCAGCAACAGCAAGGCCACGACCACCACCAGCAGCAGCAAGGCUACAACCAGUCGCACCAAUACACCGCACACCCUUCGCCCCAUCCUUCCCACGGAUACCCCGGCGAGACGGCGCGGCCUGCUGCUGUGAAGCCCGCCAUCUUUAAGCCGCAAGUGGCUCAAGCCCAGCCUGUGGCCUACGAACAACAGCACGUUCCGCGUAUGAGUCGUGAGCUACAGCAGCAGUACAAGCCGGCUGCUUCGAUUCCACACCCCACGACCCCUGCAGUGUUCAAUCCUGCCCCCAAGACUUCAAAUCGACCGAAGGAUCCGUCGGUGGUUCCGCGCACUUGCUUGGCCGCGUUUGGGUUUGGGGGGACGGUAUGCGUCAUGUUUCCUCGGCGAAAGCUCAAGCUACUCAGUACAGCGCUGCCGCGAAACAGCCCGCGUUCACUGCAAGGAUCCUCCCAUUCCUUUGACGAACCCCUCGAUGAAUCCAGAAAAGGGCCAUUGGAUUUCUACAAGAUGGACUCGCUGCACCAUGGAUCGGAUGGGUUUUACGAAAAAGUCCGCGGGUUUCCCGGCCCGCUCUUGCCGUCGACGUCGGACGAGGCGAUCCUCAAGUACAUGGGGGCGCAAGGAUCGGUCCACGAAGACGAGCGCGUGCUGUGGGAACUCAUGCACGUGUUUGUCAAGUCCAAGGGAAAAGUAAGCAACCGCGACGCGACCGAUAUGUUGCUCUUGCCAUUGCUGCAGAACUCUCUGGCGCGGCGCAGCAACGCGCAGUACGACGCGGCGCUGCCUCCCAUCUUGAACACCCGCGCCACCGACGAAUCAAAUGCGACGAUCCGUCAACUGCUGCUAAACGGCGAUCGGAAAGCUGCCGUCGACGUGGCCGUAGCCGCCAACAUGUGGCCGGAAGCGAUGCUCAUGGCGUCUAUGGUCGACUCUGCCCUGUACAAAUCGGUCGUGGAGUCGUUUGUGUCGUCGCGGUACGGCUCGGGUGACCCGUUGCGGACCAUGCUGAUGGUGUUGGGUGACUUGGGCGUCCAGAGCGUCCAGGAAGUUCCCAAUAACCACGUGUCGAAAGAUCAAUUGCCAACGACUGACAGUUUAUUGCUGGGCAAUUGGGUGGCGCAAGUGCAGAUUUUGAUUGCCAACCCCACGACCAAUACCAACACGGUGCUCGUCGAGCUGGGCGACCGGUUGCUGCGGGAAACCAACAAUGUAUGGGCGGCGCACACGUGCUUUUUGCUCGCGGGGGUGCCCGUGGAAGCCCCGAACGCGCGGAUGACGCUGAUUGGCGGCCACGCGACCGGCGACGUCCGGUUCUUUGUCCGGCCCCACACGAUCCAGUGGACUGAAGUGUACGAACACGUGACGAGCCCGACGCCGCUGGUGCCGUUCCAGGGCUACAAGUUCAUUUAUGCGACACUGUUGGCCGAUGCUGGCUGUUGUGACGUGGCGUUCAAGUACGUGGACGCGAUGCGCAAGACACUCGAGACGUGGACACUCAAGCUCAAGAUGCCGUCGUCGCCGUACCUUGACAACCUCAAGAUGCAACUCGAUGUGUUUGACGAUCGCCUGCGCUUCUUCAUGGGCCAGGAGCGCGUCGACGCCGCCGAGGUUCAAGUGGCCAAGAAGGGCGGCGGAUUGUUUAGCUCACUCACGGGCUUUCUCGACAAGACCCUCGAUAAGAUUGUGAACGAUACCCCCCUUCCCCCAGCCAAAACAGUGUCGAUGGUUACAGGCACCGCGUUUGCCCCGCACAUGUUUCCGCCGGCUCCCCCCGCCUCCAACAACUCGCAGACGGGUCCUGGCUCGCACAACUCUGGCAUUGCCGCCCCGGGGUCGCAAGGUGGGCACAGCAGCGCAUCGUCUAGGGGGCCAUAUGCAGCUGCUCCGGGGUCGCAAGGCGGGUACGGUCCUCCCUCUGGAACGUCGUCGCACAAUCACAAGGGAUUCGCUGCGUCCCCCCAGGCCGCCGCCGACGCGUCUGGGUUUGGAAUUGACUCUCAAAACGACCCGAGUAGCUGGAACACCCCCCCCCACCACCCCCCCGCAGCCCCCACCUCAUCGCAUGAGGCUGUGGCUGAACAUAGCGCGUUGCCACCGCGUUCCCAACACUCGAAUGCCGCCGCCGCGCCAGUGUCGGCGCCAACGCAUGCCCAACCAGUGCCCCAUCCCCCGCUGAAGAAGAGCAGCAGCUUCUCGAUGGACUCGAAAUCGCACGUUGUCGCAAACAAGCCCGAAGCCCCCGACACUGCAACAAGUACGUCCAUUUCCAAAGCCAAGACCCCGCCGACGUCCCAGAAGAAGUCGGGCUGGGGAUUCCCGUCGCUGAGUUUGCCCUCCCUUGGCAUUGUCGACAUGCUGCGACGAGGCGCCGACCCCGUCGGAGAUGCCACCGUGGCCAAAGUGGGCAGGGACAUGGAAGCGUAUUUCUGCCAGGAAAAGAAGCGAUGGGUGUUCCCCGGCGAAGAAGCCACGGACGACGCCGCCGGUCCCCCUUCGGCGCCCCCGACGUCGUUUGCAGCCGCGGCACCCUCGUCCUCAGCCUCCUCGGCCCCCGACGACCCCCUUGCAGCCCUCAUGGCACCCCCACCCAUGAAGGAAACCACCCCCCUCGCAGCCAUGAUGGCGCCGCCGGCGAGAAGCAUGUACGGAUCCCAGCGAGGCGGCGCAGCGGCGGUGAAACGCGCGCCGGCGCGACCGCAAUAUGCCGUGUUCAAGCCAAGUCCGGCGGCGGCGUCUUCCGUUAGCGACGACCCUCCAGGCUCGGCAAAUGACAAUUCGUCCUUGCCGCCUCCUCCAGGGUCAUCUGGAGGUCAAUAGGGUCUCUUGACAUGCAUGUAAUAAGAACACAUUCUACAUCCAGCAGCACAUGUCAUCGCGAAGUCAUCGGUUAACCUAGGAAACAUUGGGAGUAUUCAUUCA